AUGGUGACCAAAGGCGUCUCGGAACCCGCCGCGCUGAGGAAGGUGCGCUGGGGCCCCCGCGGGAUGGAGGGGCCGGGCAGGAGGAUGCUGAAGCCGCUGGCGGAGAAGCGCAGGCGGGAGCGGAUCAACCGGAGCCUGGAGGAGCUGCGGGUGCUGCUGCUGGACCGGACCCGGCACCAGACCCUGCAGAACCGGAAAGUGGAGAAGGCCGAGAUCCUGGAGCUGGCCGUGCGCUACCUGCGGGACUGGAGCGCCCCCGCCGGGCAGGGAGCCGAUCCGGCGGGGGAGGCCGACCCUCUGCAGCGCUGCUACCUGCUGGGCUUCCGGGAAUGCCUGCUGCGGCUCUCCGCCUUCGUCCGCGACGCCCAGCCCUGCGUGCAGGGCCAGCUGCUCGACACCCUGCACCUCUACCUGGCCGCCAAGUGCCGCCAGGUGCCACCGGAGCCCAGCCCGCCAGAGCCGGCCUGCAGGCUCCGGCCGGGCCUCCCACCCCCACCCACCUGCCCGGUCUCCCCCAGCCCUUCCUCGCCCGCGCAGCCACGCCACCGACCCUUUCACCGCCCCGGGGCCCCGGAGACACACGCCACCGACCCUUUCACCGCCCCGGGGCCCCGGAGAGACACAGAUGAGGCAGCAGCUUCGAAAGGGGAGCCCCCACAGCCGGCCGUCUGGAGACCAUGGCCCUAG